CUCGUCUGUUACAGUCGUCCACUCCGCUCGUUACCUCUAUUGUAAUCGUUCCACUAUCUCUCCUUCAAACUUGGCCGGGGCUUUGACUUAUCCAUAGAAAGUGUAGCAAGGCUCCUCCAUGCCACCUACUCAACCUGGCCUGUUGAUCAACUCACGCCAUGCCAUCGAUGGCUUGUAUCUGUGGGAGUGGUUCACGACCUUGAAUUUCGAGGUCUCCCGCAGGAAAGAAAACUUCAGAUGGUCGAAUAUCCUCUAUAUAGGUUGUAGGGUCGCCAUGUUGGGUGUGUGUAUGUGCGACUGGGUUGGCUUCAAUCUAGAGAGGGAGAUCGAUUGUCAGACAUGGUAUCAAUUGCAGCUUUUUCUCUCGUAUUUCGCUUUGGGAAGCGCCUUACGUCUGUUGACGCUCUAUGCCAUCGCAACAUGGGAACGCAACGUUUACGUUACAGGCAGCGUUAUUUGGGCGUGGUUGCUUAAUACGGCGUUCUGCUUCGUAGGGUUGUCUGAGGCGAGCAGCCAAUGGAACGCCGAGUCCCAGAGCUGUGUCUUCACAAAUACAACUGGACAACGAUCAGUGGUCUACGUCGCAGCUAUAGUCGACCUAUUCGUAAUGACAGUCGCCUUAGGAGGAGAAUUGCGAAACUCGAGAGGAAAAUUACACUCAACCCCGGUAUUUUAUAUCAAAUGGAUGCUUCUAAUAUCUAUCGUACUACUGGUCGAGCUGGCACCCCCGGUCAUGAUCUCCCUGAAUCUGAGUGAUGAACUAAACGUGGUGUUCAAUCAGCCACACAUCAUACUCAUGGUCAUCGUCGCAACACGUAUACACCGUAGAGCUUCGGAUGAGAGAGCUCGACGAGCCUUAACUUCAAGUGACCUGUCGACCUUUCAAGUCGCUCUUCCCAGUUUGUCAUCACCUCCAGAUGCAUCAACACCUCGAACUAUACGUACCACGGCCACAGCCGGCGGUAUACUCACGCCUGCCCAGCUCACUACGACAUCAAGCGGAGCGAACACUUCGCAGUCCGUCACAAUCCUUACCCAUGCGACUAAUGGGUCGCCCAAGCCCAACCAAGAGUCGUUCUCGAGCGUAUCCGCAUUCCCGGAUGAUAUGGGGCCUGUGUAUCCGAUGAGGAGGUCAAGCGGGAUAUUGCAUGGUCUGGGCGCUCAUUCGCAGCGAUGAGUCGGGAUGUGGCUCGAAUGUCUUAUGACGAUUCACGAAUCCUUAUAUGCAC